AUGUCUAAGAUUAUUCCAAGACAAGAACCAUUACAUAUUGCGGCAUCUCCGAUCGAAUCACCGGAGGCAAUGUCACCACACGCUUCCACACCAUCUAGUGAUUUUGCUAGACCAAGCUCCAUUAUAGUAACGUCAAAAGAAUGGGUUUUACCUCCAAGACCUAAGCCAGGCAGGAAGCCUAGUCCUGAUACACCUGCUUCGAAGCGCAAGGCGCAAAAUCGCGCUGCUCAACGAGCCUUUAGGGAGAGAAGAGCAACUAGAGUUCAGGAACUUGAAGAGAAAUUGCUGGAAGUUGAAAAGGAAAGGGAAGCUAAAGAGCUCGGAUUUAUAAGUACCAUCAACAAGUUGAGGACUGAGAACCAGUUUUUGAUCAAGAAUAUAGAAAAGUUGAGAUCCGAUGUUUACAUGUUACGGAACUCUUCUAAUACCCCUAGCAACGCCCCUACGCCUCCAAGCAGUAACAGCGGAAGUGUUAAUGGUACCAGCAGUCAUAAUAAUAACAUGAAUGGCAAUACUUUAGGUAGAACGCCCUUAUCGUUAUCUAUCGCUUCCGCUUCACUUCAAUCACACUCUUCACCACGUCAUAUGCAUUCUGGCUCUAAUUCACCAGCAACUUCCAUGGCGUCCCCUGGCGGUUCAAUAAUCCAGCAGCAAAUCUCCCCAGCUCCCUCAGGAAAUUCUCCACCAGCUUUCAUUGCUGAUAGGCUGUCUCAAACCACUACCAUACUGGAAGAUGAUUGUGGAGUGUGUAUUAAAGAAGAAUGUUUGUGUGAAGCUGUUGGCUUGAAAGAAGUCAAGAGAUCUCCACCUGUAGCCCUUGAAGAAACUAUCAAUUCCUUUAAACCUAUGCCAGCUGUUUCCUUGAAGAAGAGGAAGGCUACCUCACUGGACAUUGAAAUCGACUUCACUAAGAAAUUCACAAUAAAAAAGCCGAUGCCUGAUCUUUCGAAGUUAACUAAAAAGAAGUCUGUGGCAAAGAGAAAUAAUAAUGAAUUCAUGGAAUCUCAAAGGAGAAGUACCGAGGAUUUCAAUGAAGCAUCUCCUGUGGAAAAUUGUGGAUUCUGUACUGACGAUACCCCAUGCGUUUGUCGUGAAGCUGCAAAGGAAGCUGCAAAUAUCAAUACUACUUUGAACAACGACGUAUUACAGGAUGAUGAGCUGAAGGAUGAAGUAGGUGAAGUGGGAACUUCUUUACCGCCAAUCCUUAAUUCUAACAGUUUCAGAAAGACUUCAUUACCUGUUAUGCACCCAGGACCAUCCGUUGAGAUUAGAGAUAUUGCUAACCUUUCACCCGGAGCAGUUCCUAAUGUCGUGGGACCUUCUGCAAGGCAACCAGCACAAAGUUCAUUAGUUGACUUGGCUGCAGCUGCGGAAGCAAGUACACCAACACCACAACCCCAGACUCCAUCAGCGUCUUCAUUUUCUUCCGGUGGACGUGAAUCUACCUCAGAGCCAUCAGGAUGUACUGGAAAUCCAGGUACAUGUGGCCAAUGUCAAAUGGAUCCAAUGUCUACUCUCUUCUGUACGACAGUUGCAAAUAUCGGCAAAAGGGAAAGUGCUGUGCGAGACCUGCAACAGAAAGAGCAAGAAUUGGAGAAGAAAAAGCAAUUGGAAGAAGAGAAGAAACUAAAGGAACAGGCACAACAAGAAUCUGGUAUGUUUAUUCCAUGUUCUGAUGCUUAUAAGACUUUGUCUAGACAUAAAAAGUUUAGCUCAGUUGACUUUAGUACUUUGGUUGGGAAAUUGACAACUAGAGGAAUGCAAGUUGAAGUGCAAUCGGUCGCAAAUGUUUUGAGAGAAUUAGAUAGAAGAUUAUACAAUUGA